GGACCUUGCGAGCCUGUGCUGAGAGCUCCUCCCCGUGUCUGCUACAGCCCCAGCAGUCCUGUGCAGAUUCUAGAAGAGCCUGCCUACUUCUACCCAGACUUGCAGCUCUAUUCUGGAAGGCAUGAGGCAUCUACUUUGACAGUGGAGGCAAGUGGAGGCCUGAGGGGGAAAGGCGUGGAGGACCCUCUCUCCCCAAGCUUCCUGAGGACCCCGGAGGUGGAAAUGAGAGGUUCUGAGGACGCGGCUGCUGGAACAGUGUUGCAGCGGCUGAUCCAGGAACAGCUGCGCUAUGGCACCCCGACUGAGAACAUGAACCUGCUGGCCAUUCAGCACCAGGCCACAGGGAGUGCAGGGCCAGUCCACACCACCACCAACUUUUCUUCCACGGAGACCCUUACUCAAGAAGACCCACAAAUGGUCUUCCAGUCAGCCCGCCAGGAGCCGCAAGGUCAAGAGCACCAGGGGGACAAUACGGUGAUGGAGAAGCAGGUUCGCGCCACUCAGCCUCAACAAAACAACGAGGAGCUGCCCACAUAUGAGGAGGCCAAGGCCCAGUCUCAGUUCUUCAGGGGACAGCAGCAGCAGCAGCAGCAACAGCAACAGCAGCAGCAGGGACAGGGGCCCCUGGGCCACACUUACUACAUGGCCGGAGGGACCAGUCAGAAGUCCCGCACGGAGGGGAGGCCCACAGUGAACCGGGCCAACAGCGGGCAGGCACACAAGGAUGAGGCCCUGAAAGAGCUAAAGCAGGGCCACGUCCGAUCCCUCAGUGAGAGGAUCAUGCAGCUGUCGCUGGAGAGGAACGGGGCUAAGCAACACCUCCCCAGCUCAGGAAACGGGAAGGGUGUCAAAGCUGGAGGAGGGCCAUCCCCUGCCCAGCCUGCCUGUAAAGCACUGGACCCUCGUGGCCCUCCACCUGAAUACCCCUUCAAGACCAAGCCAAUGAUGUCCCCGGUCAGCAAGAACCAAGAUCACGGACUUUACUACAGUGACCAGCACCCUGGAGUACUCCAUGAGAUGGUCAAACCUUACCCUGCACCUCAGCCCGUGAGAACAGAAGUGGCCGUCCUGAGGUAUCAGCCACCCCCAGAGUACGGGGUCACCAGCCGGCCAUGCCAGCUUCCUUUUCCAUCCACGGUGCAGCAGCAUAGCCCCAUGUCCUCUCAGACUUCCUCCAUCAGUGGGCCUCUGCACUCCGUCUCCCUGCCUCUUCCACUUCCCAUGAGCCUGGCGGCUCCACAGCUUCCACCAGCCUCCCCCAGCCAGCAGCUUGGACCAGACGCCUUUGCGAUCGUGGAGCGAGCCCAGCAAAUGGUGGAGAUCCUCACAGAGGAGAACCGUGUGCUUCACCAGGAGCUUCAGGGCUGCUAUGACAACGCCGACAAGCUUCACAAGUUUGAAAAAGAGUUGCAGAGGAUUUCAGAAGCCUAUGAGAGCCUGGUUAAGUCCACCACCAAGCGUGAGUCUCUAGACAAAGCAAUGAGAAACAAGCUGGAAGGCGAGAUCCGGAGACUUCACGACUUCAACAGAGAUCUCCGAGACCGACUGGAGACAGCCAACAGGCAGCUAUCCAGCAGGGACUACGAUGGUCAUGAAGACAAAGCUGCAGAGGGCCAUUACAUGUCCCAGAACAAAGAAUUCUUGAAGGAAAAGGAAAAGUUGGAAAUGGAGUUGGCAGCAGUGCGGAAUGCAAGCGAGGAGCAUUGGAGGCACAUUGAGAUCCUAGACCAGGCUUUGAGCAAUGCCCAGGCCAGAGUGAUCAAGCUGGAGGAAGAGUUACGAGAGAAGCAAGCCUACGUGGAGAAGGUUGAGAAGCUGCAGCAGGCCCUGACCCAGCUGCAGUCUGCAUGUGAGAAGCGAGAGCAGAUGGAACGCAGGUUACGGACCUGGCUGGAGAGGGAGCUGGAUGCUCUGAGGACACAGCAGAAACAUGGAAAUGGCCAGCCAGCCAGUCUACCAGAAUAUAACGCCCCUGCCCUCAUGGAACUCGUACGGGAGAAGGAGGAGCGGAUCCUAGCAGGACUGCAGACACAAUGGCCUGGGAACAGAGCUGACAAUGAAUCCCAGCAUUCAGAAGGCUGGUGUGUUUGUGUAGAAGACCAAGGAAAAAGGCUUGAGAGUCAAAGCAUGUCUUGUGUUCCUAGGGACACCACCAUCAUCAACCACUCGAGAAAUGGCAGCUAUGGUGAGAGCUCACUGGAGGCCCACAUCUGGCCGGAAGAAGAGGAGGUGGUACAGGCUAACAGGAAGUGUCAGGACAUGGAAUACACUAUUAAAAACCUCCAUGCUAAAAUCAUAGAGAAGGAUGCCAUGAUAAAGGUCCUUCAGCAACGAUCCCGUAAGGAUGCUGGGAAGACGGACUCUUCCAGCCUGCGGCCCGCCCGCUCUGUCCCUUCCAUUGCUGCAGCCACGGGGACACAUUCCCGCCAGACUUCACUUACCAGCAGCCAGCUGAUGGAAGAGAAGAAGGAAGAGAAGACGUGGAAGGGGAGUAUAGGGUUCCUGCUGGGGAAGGAGCAUCAGGGACAGGCAUCUGCCCCUCUGCUGCCAACCACACCUGCCUCUGCACUGUCCCCUCCUGCUUCCACCACGUUGGCCAGCAGCACCCAUGCCAAGACAGGCAGCAAGGACAGCAGCACACAGACGGACAAGAGCACUGAGCUCUUCUGGCCCAGCAUGGCUUCCCUCUCCAGCAGAGGCAGGCUGAGCACUGCCCCAUCCAACAGCCCCAUUCUGAAACAUCCAGCUGCCAAAGGGACCAUGGAGAAACUGGAGAACUCUCCUGGUCAUGGGAAGUCGGCAGACCACAGAAGCCGCGUGAGCAGCUUGUUGCACAAGCCCGAGUUCCCGGAUGGGGAGAUGAUGGAAGUGCUCAUCUAGCCUCGUCCUGUGGAUUUUCACACCAACAUGCUGACAAGAAAAGGGGUUGGAAGAAGGUCUAGAUGGUAGCAACUACAAAGCCAGAGCAGGUGUGGACGCUUCAUAAUGUUACCAAAACAGCCGGCUCACAGGACUGCAGAGGGAGGGAGAGAAGAUGUAUACAGACUUGGAAGCAGAGUUGAGAAUAGGAGGGAUUGUCCAUUGUAGAGAAAUAGUAUGUCUGGGGAGGCCCCAUACUUCCCCUAUUCUUGGUUUAUAAACAGAUGAAGAAGAGCUGGGCCUUCCUUGGAAUCACCCCAUUCCCUUUGCCUCUUAGCAGGUUUGGUUUAAGAAGAAUCUGCUAGAAAUCCUCAAAACCUAUCUUGGCAUAAUAUAGUAUUUCUGUGCCAUCGUGGGGUUGUGCAUGAACUGGUGUGUGUGUGUGUGUGUGUCUGUGUGUGUACCCACACACCUGCCCUUCCAAGAUACAUCCAGGGUAAUGGGGAAUUCCACAGGCAAGCUUUGUCACCUACUUGGCUGUUUGGUUUGUCUCAGUGUGAAGCUUUGCUUGUCUGGAUUGAGUGGUAUUUUCUGACAGAAUGGGAGUGUGGUGAGUGUAUUCUUUACCCACCCUAAGCUCCUGGAGCUGUCUCUGCUCUAGUUACUUUAUUUUGUUGUUGUAUUUUUUUUUUCUGUUUACUGAGACAUAGGAACUUAGGAGCUGCCAUCUUUGCUGUGUGUCCAGUGAGAGGAGAGCCUCAUGCUGGCACCCUGGCUGCACCCACCCCUUGCUUAGCUGAACUGCAGCUGUCAAUUUCACUGUGAGCCAGAGAAAUCUGGAUGAGGAGCAGGAGUCUGUGAGUCACUGAUUUGAUUUUCACUCCCAUCCACUCUCUCACGAGGAACUUAACAAUUACACCCCCAUUGCCCUGUUAGGAAGACUUCAGUAUAAACAGGUGCUGCAGGUAAUCAAUGGUGGUUUACACACAGCUCUCCAGGUAGCAUCCAAGAUCUCACCAGGCCUCCUGGGCCACUUCCAUAUUUGAGGCUUUUGGGUUUUUUCAUUGUUCUUCCCUGUCCCAUCCUACCCUGGUUGCUGUUGGUAAGCAGGAAAGCUUCCCCGAUCACUUUUUCUUUCCUGUGAACUUGCUUUGUAACCCAAGAUUGGUAGAUACACAGUGUGACCAGUGUCUCACAAGGCAUAUAGCUUACCCAAAGUGAGGCAGCAAUGUCCUGGCAGUGAACUACCUUGAGCAAGGGGCAGGGCUGUGAGGCUGCUGCCACAGCAAGGUCUCAUGUACCUUGCUGUGGACACUGGCUUCCUACAGAGCACAGGAGAAGCUGUCCAGGCCCUUCAGGCUCCUGAACUAUCCCCAGCUCAGUAGGAUUUGUUUUCCAAGUCCCUUUCCACAUUACCACCUGUCCCUCAAGGGAAAAAAGAAAAGGAGUAAGUCUGCAACUUUUUAGAGUCCCUCUUAAAUAUAACACUGAAGAUGGCGCUGCUUGGGGACCUCUACUAGAGUCACUUGUUCUAGGACUUGUCCCCAAGGUAAAUCCUGGGUGAAAUUUCAGCCUCCCAAGUUGAGGUGGUCCAUGGAUUGUAAGAGGGGUAGCCUGGAGACCAGAACAGAAGAGAAAAGAGAGAAGAGGAGAGGAGAGGAGAGGAGGAGCGGAGAGGAGAGGGCCAUCUGACAGGGUGAUGGGACUGGCCUCCCCAAGCUCCACUUGGCAGUGGGCACUGGGCUUGGAGAUCCCACAGGCUCCUUACCUUUUCUCACAUCUGGCAGCCUGAGUACUGAGCUUGCCCUGUGUCCUGUGGGGGAGGGGUGAGAAGACAGCAUAGGAGAUCUUGCCAGCUGAGAAGGGCUGGAGGAUGGAUGCAGGAGGGGUGGGGACCAUUUUUGAUAGAUCAUGGAGUUCAGUUGAUGGCAACUAACUCUCUUAAGAGCAUAUUGUCUUCAAUUAAUGUUGGGGACAAACCAGAGAGGAAAGUGUAUAGAGGUGGGAAAUUAGUGAGGUCUUCCAGCCCUGUGCCAUGUUUGAGUCCUCCCCCCCACCCCCAAACUUAGGCUGUCUUCCAACAUAGGGGUAAAGCACUGCCCAGUUUACUCAAAGUCUAGUCUGCAUGUCCCAGACACAUUGAACACUUGGGUGGAAGGUCCCCUGCUCCAGCCCUCCUGCACUGCCAGCAUUUCAGUUGUCAAAACACAAAGGGGACGUGGACAGUUACGCAGCUUUAACUAAAUGUGUACUGUGGCUUCUGUCCAAGACUCCAUGUUGAGAACAAGGCUAUGGCUUUAAGGCUAAGGCCCUCAAUCUUCCCUCAUGUAAUUCUCUUGAAACAUACAGGGCAAAGGGGCUAUAGCAGUCAGCAGCCAUUCUGAGCUCUGUGAGCUCACAGGAUCUGCUCUUGACUGACAAGGAGAACAAGAGCACUACAAGAGUAUUUUAGUAUUGACGGCGUGCAAGAACUAAAGUUGCACACACAGAUGCAGACACUGAACCCAAAGCUAAUGCUAGAACUCACAGACUCAGAAGAGGUGUCUCAGCCACAGGCUACACAGCCUUGAACAUGAUGUGCAGAGCUGUGUCUGGUGCUCUAUGGCCCCAUUUGUGAUACUUGUGUGCAUACAGGGAAGCUGUCACACCUCUUGGGGCCUGAGAACAGGACUAAACCCAAACCUGUCACUACCAAACCACUACUACAUCCUCAGUUGGGGAUGGAAGUCUUCAUGUUCUGUUAAAGGCACAACUACAAAGCAGAUUUUAAAAAACAAAACAAAACAAAAACAAACUUCCUCACAGAGCAGAGGUCUAGUCUUCAGGACUCCCAGGGCAUUUGCUCAUAGAACCUGAGGCUCUUGUGUCAGGGUAUAGGGUAAAGGCAGUGGCUUUCAGUGAUGACUUCACCAGCAUCCCACUUUGUCCUUGAGUGGGCCGUGCAGUGAUGUCUGUGUGCCUCCAGGUAUCACAUGAGAGGUGUUGGUCAGGUCUCUGCCACUGUGGUUUCAUUAAGUAGAGUCUCUGUGUAAGAACUCUUCCUGUCUGGAGGUUCAUAGCUCAAAGCUGCCAGGAAAAACACAUUAAUUUCCAAAGAAUUAAGUGUGUGUGCUGAACAUGUGACAUUGUUCUUUCUGUGUCCCAGAAGCUGGUGGCCAACAACUGUAGAGUGUCCAGCAUGUCCCUGCUGUGCCUCCAGAGUGGGGCUUCCCUGAUCUACCCCCAGCUUUCCUUGAGGGUGGGGACAAGGAUUGGUGGGACAGGUCUUGUUCAGUCCUGCAAAGGUCUCUCUUUGGACCUUUGCUUUGAGUGGAUUUCAAGAAAGUUGCUCCAAGUGAGUUCUGGCCUCAGAACAGAGAAUGCAGUGGUUCUACACCUAGAAAAGAAGCUCUGGUGUCCCCUGCAGAGAGGCAAGAUGUGUGUCCUGUUGGCUCUCUCAUGCUGGGUGUCAGCCACCUGCACAUACUAAACAUAGUGGCUGAAACCCCUCCUCCCACAAGCUGGUGAGCUGAGUCCUCCCCUCCUUGUAACCUGCGAGUCCCAGAGACUUAUGUGAGCAGUCAGAUAAGGCUAAGUCCCAGAGACAAAGAAGAUGAUAGUGAUACAUAAGGGGUUUCUGGGCAGGCCACUCGUGUAGGCUGCAGAGCUGUGCUGUGUGGGAGGGUGUGUGCUCCAAGUGCAGGGCCUCUUCCUGUGGCACUGCAGUGAGUGCUGCGUUUCUCUGCGUUCUCCCGUGAUCACAUGCCCCUUUAAGCAAAGGAGUCUUGUGGAUAUUGGAAGCAAGAUCUGACAAAUGUUCUUAAAUGGUGAAGCCAGAAAAAAAAAAAAAAAACCAGUAACUUCCCUAAAAGCUGAGUCAGCCAGUCUCUAAGUAUAAAUGUUGGCUUUCUUCUACUCUUUCUAAUUAAUUAACGUGUUCCAAAUGUCUCUAGUUGAUAUGAGGAUUGUUUAAGGCAUUUGCUUGUUGGGUGGCUCCCUGGGAGAUGGUCUGUGUAAUAAUAACCUCAGAAGCCAACCAAUCAGCCAGUAAUAGUUUUCCUCUUUUCAGUAGUAUAGCCCUUUCUUGUUUAAUAAUUUAAUGGUAUAUUACAAUGUGUAUAUGUAAGUGCAUAGAUGAGUGGAAUUUCUUACUAUCCAGAAGAUCCUACUGUUUGCCAUGAGCUUUCUGCUUGGGAGGACCACAGAGGUCCCCAGCUAAAUCUGUUGUUGACUCCUGCAGCAGAAUGGCCUCCAGGGUCUGGCACAUUCCUCUGAUUCCCCGGGAGGUGAGAGGUCCUUGUCUAUUGAAGAUGGAUUUAAGUUGGGGAAUAAUCCCAAAUUGUUCACAUCGAAAGUGGAUGAACACAGAAGGUAAUUAAUCAGAAUAAGAGUCCCAGGACCAUUAAGAUGCCUCAGUGGAAAAGGCAUUGCCACCAAAGCCAAGACCUGAGUUUGAUCCUCAGGACUCACAUGGUAGGAGGAGGGAUCCAGCUCCUGCAAAUGGUCCUUUGACCUACACACACACACACACACACACACACACACACACACACACACGCAUGCACGCACGCACGCGCCCAGACACAUACACACAUGCACACAUUCUUUUUAGAAGAGUAUCUAAGACAUGUUGGAAAAGUUAUUAGUACAUGUGACCUCUGGGGCCUCAUUUUCAAGCCCAUUUCUCUUGCCAGGCCUCAUAUGCUUUCACCCUCUGCAUAUGCUAUAGACCUAAGUACAUAUUCAUUGUGUGAACACCCAGUAGGUACUCUGUAAAACGGAACUAUACUUACGUGCAUGUUGUUGCCCUGUAUGUAGUGACUGAGGUGUGUCCUCUGCCCUCCCUCCAAGGUAGUGCGUAUACAGCAGUUUCUAGACUCAGCUUCUCCAGUUUUACUGCCUGUGUUGUGUUUGCUCGUGACUUUGCCUGGGAGUCUGCUCUCACGUACAUACCUGUGAGUAUUUAUUGCAAAGCAGGACAGAGACAGGCUUAGCCACAGUACUGGUAUUUGAAUGUUUUCUAGGAGGGACGGUGGUGCCUUCUCCUCAGUGAGGCACUGACAGACUCUGUCAAAUUCUGUGAAACAGGGCCAGCACUGGCCCAGCUUCAGCCUGACUGAGUGCCCUGGGGCCACUGCCCUUUCCACUUGCCUUGUGUGUGUGUGGUUGUGGUUGUGUGUGUGUGUGUCCCUUUGCUGGGGGUAUGUGCUGCACUGCCCAGCAUGCUCUGGCAUCCAUGUGUAAUCUUUGGCAUCUUGGUGUCACUGCGCUGUAUUGAGAGGUGGUGUACAGAUCUGUACAGAUGAGUGUGCGGGGAGGGGGAGUCCUGCACAGUGAAUGUGAAUACAGUUGGUCAGCCAAAGAUUUUCCUGUCCUUUGCUGCUUAAACUUUGUGCCUUAAUAUUGUAAAUAAUAAAUGGGUCAACAGCAAA